AUGCUCGGGCACUCCAACCACAAGUAUUUUGACCCGCAGGUGUUCUAUCUGGACGAGGAGAUGCGGAAGACGGUGGAGUCGCUCAAAGGCACGAUCGUGCUCACGGCGCAGGAGAAGCCAGAAGGCUUGAGGAAGAGCUUCCGGGAGGACUUGUUCAAGAAGCUGGCGUCUGCCGACGGCAUAUUUGGUCGACUCCCGUAUCAGAUUUUGACAAAAGUUAUUUACUUGGUCGGGUGGAAACGCAUGGAGCUGAACAAGCUCAUCACCUUCGACGGAGUCUCUGAGGGUGCAUUCCACGCCAUCUACCGGAGGUCUCUUCUGAUCAAGGUUUGGGCUCGGUUCGUUGAUGCGGAGUACAUCAGGCGCGUCCUGCCGGACGCAGAGAAGUACGGCAUCUUCCCGCGGGCGCCGGAUUUGAAGCCGUUCAUGCAGUCGGGGCCCGCCAUCGCCGCUGGUCUGCAACGACAGCUGGGCUUCGAACGGAAACAUGGCGAAGCGGCAUCGAGGUCGUUGAUAGAUGACUACUGCCUGCGCGGAGGGGAUAACGGGAUCACGGAGAAAUACAUGCGACAGGCGUGUCUUCUCCCGGAACCGAGCCAGCCGAAGCCUAGCGGCCAGAGCAGCGCGGCUGCCCCGCCGCCCGGCGUCGACUUCGACAUCGGAGCGGGCGGCUCGCAGGAUGCGGUGGCGCCCAUGGAUUCCUUGCGCCGCCACCUACUCCAGCAGAUGCUCGACCGGAGGUUCGACGCCCUGACAUUCUCGUAUUACAAGCAGCUCCAUACAGUGCAGAUCCAAGGCUUGCCUGAAAAGAAAGCAACAGCGUGGCAAGCGAUGGCCUCCGCCGGAUGGUCAAAAGCUGGGUCGCAAGGCAAGGCGAAGGAGAGACUCCUGCCGAAAGUGUCCUUCGCUCGCAAGUUCAUCGACAUCGUGCCGACGCCAGACUUGGAGGAGCCGACCCGCAACGCCGAGACCAUGGUGGCGGUGCUAGGGUCCGUGGCAAAGCCGCGCGGGCGGAAAAGCCGCGCAGGUUCCGUCGAGGCGGGCGGCGACGCUCAUCUGCGCGAGGUCGGCAUGUCCGUCCAGGCGGCGGAGGCAACUCUGGAAGCGAUGCUGGAGAGCGCGCGCGAGAGGCCGACGGUGACCACCGCCGAUCAACCAGGCGGGGUGAAGAAGAGGAGGCUCCCUCCGAAGAGGGCCGUGAGCGGCGGCAGCGACUUGGCGGAGCGCAGGAUCCCUUACAAAUACAAGCGCACUGCGGCCCGUCGCUUCGCGGAUGUCCCGGCAGCGCAGGGCUGCCCGGCCCGCGUGCUACAUCCGAUGUUGCAGGGCACUGUAGAUCUCGACAUCCACAGCGCGGUUCUGACAAUCGCCUGGCAACUCGUGGAGAAGAUGGACAUGGCGGAGAAGAAUCUGUUCAGAGAGGAGUUGGAAUUGUUGAAGCAGCUGGCCGAGGACAGAGACGAGGUAAUGCAGAAGGAGUUGGCGAGCAUGGGGCACCAGGCGGCCAAGCGCUUCGUGCUCGAGACCAUCGGCGGGUCCGGCGCUUUCGACGUCGACGCCGAGCCCUUCGCCAAAAAGUUGCAGCGCGUCAGCCGCGUGCUGCGUUGGGUGGCGUGCUCUGCGUUGCCCGAUGUAUACGAAGACUUUUCCAGCGACGCCGAGCUUCGCGACGACAAGAAAAAAGAGAAAUGGCCGGAGGGGCAGACGUUCUCCACUUUCUACCAGCGCGCAGAGGAUUACAUUCUCCGCCAGUGGCAGACGUGGGUGCUCAUGCAGCCGGUGAUGCAUUUAUCGCUGCACUUCGACGGCGUGAGGAUCAACAGGGACGCGGUGUUCGCCAGGCAUACCACGGUGGCGGACUACGCCGCUGGAGCCAGUGCCUACAUCGCGCAGGAAACAGGCUUCGUCGUAAAGAUCAAAGAGAAGACCCAUCCGACGGUCGAAGAGGCGCUGAUAAGCUGCACGGCGUGGCGGCCCCUGGAGGCGGCCGCAGCGCCUGGCGACUUGCAGAAGCCUGGCAAUGGUAUCCUGUUGGCGCUGUGGCGGUGCGGCGACGCCAGGGUGUCCGCGUCCGUUCUCUCUCUCGCAGGCGCCUCGUCAGUAGAGAACAAUGCCGCCAGCGUCGAGAAAGGGGGAACUUACGGGGAGUGUUGCCUGAGUCACAAGGUUUCGGUGGCGCCCCAUUUAGGUUUCGAUGCGCGCGAGGACGGGCAUUAUCUGCUCCACUUGGAUGGAGACGGAUCGCCGUCUUGCGCACUCCUGCACGUGGCGACCGCGCUCGACAAGGUGUCGGUUUAUUUUAAAGAUCAUGCUGGAGAGGUGGGUUUGUCAGAUGUCCAUGACGCCGUCCUCGCGGGGCGAGACUCGAGGCUAGCAGUCACGUUUCGCAUUGAUUUGUGCCCGGCGGCGCAGGGGGCCGCCGAAGGCGGCGACGACUCCAGCCCCUUGGCAGGGCUCUCGGGCUUGAUGGCGUGA